AGCUGUCAAAUUACGCGAUUUGGUAAGGAUUAAUAAUGUAGAGAUGGGGCUAGUCACCUUCCUGCUCCUUGUUCUACUGCCCUCGGCGCACCUGCUGCGUCUUCAUAAAGCUGAGCAGGGGGAGGCCUGCGGCAGCUGCAGCGAGGGUCUGGUUUGCGCCUGCCUGGCGCUGAACCGGGGCCUGCGGAUCUGUGCGGUGCCAAACUUCCUCACCCCGCCGGAGGAUGCGCUGUCCUUCGAGCGACAGGGCCUUUCCUGCGAGCCACGGCUGCCGGAGGGCCUGCAGCCGGUGCCGAGGCCACCCUUGGUGGCCACGGAGAGAAGGCUGGAUCCUCGGCAGAACCCGGAGCUCGCGAGCUGGGCUCGAGGCCCAGGGCAGAAUUUCUACACCCAGUACCAGCUGCUCUUUGCCCCCGAGGACCACCUCUUGGGGGUGCCGCUGCUGGCUGGUGACGACGUCUCAGAGGAGUAUUUUGAGAAGGCCGCAAGGACGUUGCAGCACCUGCUGCUGGAAGCCGCAGGUCGAGAGGUCUUGCAGAGCCUGGCACAUGCCGGGGUCAAGAUCCUCCUGGCCGGGCCUGAGAGUGACGAGGAUCCUUGGCUGCGACAUCCCGAGGUGAGCCGCCACUUCACCACGGGCCUGGGGGGCGGGAGCCCCUGGUUCCCCUCCACCGGGGUCUUCGAGGGCGAGGCGGCGGCCACGUUGGCGGAGGAGUUGUUUCACACCAUCCAGUACUGCCACCUGGGUCCCCAAGCUGUGUGCAUGUAUCACAAGGCCUACAAGUAUGCCAUGGAAAGGCACAUCUAUACCACCGACAAUUCGGCGGAGGAAGUCGACGGGGAACCUGUGCCUACGGUUCAAGCCGACGAGUACAUGGCAAUGGCGCUGAUGAGAUGGCUCGGAGUCAAUAGAGGCUUCUCGGAAUACGCGAUUCCUGGCAAUACUGCUGAAAGAACGGGGCGGCAGAGCCUGCGCGACCACGACCAAAAUGCGUUUUGCAUCCUGUCCACGAUAUUCCGCGCCGAUGACAGCUGGAACCCAGAGGAGUCUUUGGAGCCCUGGAGGAGUUUCAGCAACCAGGGCAUGGACGUGAAGGAUGUGGCAGACUUCUGCACUCCGGUUCUGGCGCAGCUGGCCGAAGGCUGCCCCAACGCCUCUCUGGCGUGGCCCGCGCGGCCCCGAAAGAUACCCUGAACAGACUUCCAAAGGCGAAGGAGCUGCGGACCUGCCUUCCGGUCAGAUUUAGAGCGCGUCGGGCUGCUAGAUGCCCGCAAUGCGAAACGCGCAUGCGCAAAGCGUUCAGAAGCUG